AUGCUAGCUUAUUAUCGGCAGGCGAUUGAUAGUUUAACCCCUCAGUCAGUUUGUUGGACUCCGUAUGGUCAGAGUCCUCAUCUGACGGUGAGACGUACCUUGUAUCAGGGCCUACUCAGAUUUGCAAAGAUAGUAGAGCCAUAUGAUCCCACUAGGUGCCUCCGACAGUUAGGCUAUGUGCAGAGUGUACCAUAUCCCCCGGAGCGUCCGCUUGUUGUGCGUCGACCUGCUUCCAUGCUUGGAUACUCUCUUAGCUACCAGUCUGUUUAUGAUUCGUGGUGGAACAACUUGGGGGCGCAUAGUGUGCAUCUGGACCUUUAUUCUACUCUGGUACGACGUAGGCCAUUGGAGUUUGCUAAGGAUUACAUGGGGUGGUACAUUAGGCACUCGCACCCACAAAUACUGAGUGACAGCCGACCUCGUCGCGAUAUCUCGGAUGCUGAUACGGUUAGUACGAUCAUAUUUGAAAUUAUUUGUAUUAAGUAA